CUCCAAGACACAUUACAGCUCUCAUACCUCUCGUAGAGAUGAAGAUGAAUGGAAUUCAAGCCUCCCUCCUGGGGCUCCUGGUCUGUGUUGUUGCCCUGAGAACAUCAUCAGCUCAGGCUGCAAAGCCGGGAGUGUGUCCUCUAGAGAGAUUCUUUAAUUCAACAUAUGCAGUAAAGACUGAAUCUUGCAGAGAAGACAGUGAUUGCCCAGGAAACAAAAAAUGCUGCUCAGACAAUGGUUUCAAAUUCUGCAAGCCGCCUGCUAAAAGAAGGAUUGGUUCAUGUCCUGUAAACCCCAGUGGGACCGCCAUUUCUGAGCGCUGUGAUGAUAUGUGCACCGCUGACAGCGAGUGCGCUCCUAAAACUAAGUGUUGCCUUAAGGGCUGUGGAAAGACCUGUGUGCCCUCUAAUGGAGAUAAAAAAGGUUUCUGCGGAUUAGAGGGAUAUUGUUUAAUUGCAGAACGCCCACAUUGUGAUACUGACGCCGGAUGCCCGGGUUUUGAAAAGUGUUGCAGACCAGGAUGUACACAAACAUGCGUGAAGCCACUGAAAGAGAGGAUUGGUAUAUGUCCAAAGGUAUCUAAGUUAUCUGAGGAGCCACAAGACAGUCUAACUGAGAAGGAAGAACGGUGUAACACUGACUAUGACUGUGAAAAUCCUAAGAAAUGCUGCAAAACAAUCUGGGGAAAGAGAUGCACAGCUCCGUUGUAUGAUUAAGGCCUGGACAAGGGAACAAAUAUACAUGCAUCUUAUUACACCAAGACAUAUAAUGCUUCUUUUUGCGUUUAUCCAUGUGUUAAUGUGUGACUUCAUAAGUAUCAUUAUAAAGGGGUUGUCUGGUUUAGAAUACCCAAAUACCUAAUGAGUGAAUUCAAGAUUAUUUAGGAUCUCCAUCAAUAAGCCAGAGGAGAGCAGCUAUAAAAAUCAUCUCGCUCUCUGGGGGACCUGGCAUCUCUUUAUAUUACAUCUGAUCACUGGGGCAGCAAAAGUACACCAUCUGAUCAGCUUAUUUUGUGGAGACCCUCCUGAUGAAAAUUGAUUUCCCAAAGCAUCUCUUUAACUAGGUAUCUACCAGAGGUAGACUAGGAGACAAGCGCAGAUGAAAAUGGUUGCUUUUUUAU